AUGUCUGAAUCAUCUACUUCUUCUAUUAUACUAGGAUGCUCAGUAGCUGUGAUAUCAUCUGGGUUACAAUCAUUAGGUAUAACACUACAAAGAAAAUCACAUUUAUUACACAUUCAAUAUCUUCCUUUGGAUUCAACUAUUCCAACAAAUAGCAACACCAACAAUAAUACCAACGAUAUAGAUGAUCAACAACAUGAACAAGAACAAAAUUUACGGCGUCAAAUACAUUUAAAUCAUCAACAACAAAAAUAUAAACGAAAUAUGUGGCUUUUCGGGUUUUUAUUAUUUAUUAUAGCCAAUGUUUUAGGUUCAAUUAUUCAAAUUAGUACUUUACCAUUGAUUAUACUAUCUCCUUUACAAAGUAUUGGAUUAAUUUUCAAUUCCAUAUUAAGUUGUUUAUUAUUACCUGGCGAUCAUUUCACAAAUAAAUUAUGGGUUGGUACCGGGAUAAUAUCUUUAGGAGCAAUAAUUAUAGCUUAUAAUGGUAAUGUCAAUUCAACUCCAUCAAAUUCACCUUUAAAACCAUUGCCACCUAUUGAGGAACGAUUUCAUUUAAUCUUACAAAAAUUGAUUAAUCCAAGUUUUGUCAUUUGGUUUAUUGGAACGUUUACCAUGAUGUUGGGAUUAUUACUUGUGAAUUAUAUUUAUUUGAAUAAGAAAAUCCGACAAUUACAAACUCGACAACCAUUUUCAAUAAUAACUGUUUGUAACGACAAUAACAAUAAUAAUAGUAGUAGUGGUGGUGGUGAUGAUGACAAUAAAAAACAUAUACCUAUCAAUUCAUGCAACAAUAAAUAUCAAUUUUUUAAAGGUGUGAAUUAUGGAAUUAUUAGUGGUACAUUAACAGCUCACACGUUUUUAUUUGCCAAAUCUAUUAUUGAUGUCAUUAUUGAAACUAUACUUCAUGAAAGUUUUAAAAAUUUAUUUACAAUUACUAAUGCCCUACCAUAUUUAUUAUUAUUAACCAUGUUAUCAAUUGUUGGAUUACAAUUAACUGCAUUUAAUUUAGGUUUAGCUCAAAUCACUACGGCAAUAUUAUACCCAUUAUGUUUUUUAAUUUAUAAUUUGAUUAAUUUGAUUAAUGAUUUAAUUUUCAAUUCAUUAAUAACAAGUCAUAAAAUGACUUGGUUACAAUUAAUAUGGAUAAUUAUUGGAUUGAUUGGUGUGUUAUGUGGAGUAGUAAUAUUAAGUUGGGAUAGUGCAUUCAAUGUAAAUCAAAAUCAAAGGAAUUUGAAAAAUGGCCAUGAACGUGGGAUUGGAAUUGGAAUUGAUAAUGAUAAUUAUAAUGAUGCUGAUUUAAUCAGUAUGAAAUUCCCCUAUAAUAGUGGUACUGGUAAUGAACAUGAUGGUAAUGCUGAUCUGAAUCAAUCGUAUUUGUUUGAUCGUGUUGAUGAACAAACGGAGUUACUUGAAGGAUCGGGGUCAAGAUCAGGCUCAACUCCUCUUUCUUCUUCUUCCUCAUAUAAUUCAGCGGAUAAUGGUUUAUUAAAAGUCUAUAAACCAUAUAGUGAUGAACCCACAAAAGAUCAGACAUCUGUCACUAUUGCACGACAAAAUGAACAAGAAGCUAAUAUUGAGGCGUUGAUUCAAUUAAAUGAUGAAGCUGCCAUUGAUGCUGAAAUUUCCAUGUUGUCUAAUAAUAGUAAUAAUCAUCGAAUGUCUUUUGAACAAAAUCAAUUAUUAAAUCUGUUAGAUUUGAAUUAA